AUUUGCUCACACCCAGCAGGCAGAGAAGGCAGCAGCAGGCAGGACCGCCACCCUCCCAUGCAAAUCACCCCUGGGAGUGCAGCUGGGCUCCUCCCGCUCCUCCUGGGCAAUGUUCCUGGGGAGUCUGUGGGGAAGAUGCCAUCCAGGGCGCUGUGCACUCUUCCUCAUCCUCGCCCUCCUGCUGGACGCAGUCGGCCUGGUCCUUUUGCUGCUGGGGAUCUUGGCCCCCCUGAAUUACUGGGACUUCUUCGUCUACACAGGUGCCCUGAUCCUGGCUUUCAGCCUACUGCUCUGGAUCAUCUGGUAUUCCCUCAACAUCGAGGUGUCUCCUGAAAAACUGGACGUGUAG